AUGACUAACGCGCAAACCCUCGAAAUCAAAGAGCUGCAAGCAUCGAUGGCUCGAACGGUGGCCGAGAUACGCGCCAUGAAGUCUCAAGUAAAUAACGCGACGAGUGCCGCACCCGAGAUCGAUCGAAUGCUCGAAGAAACUCAGAGAACACCAUUCACGGCGAGAAUCACGGAAGCUAGGAUUCCCGAGCCCGGAAAGGUGAGAAUCCCAUUCUACGAAGAAACGACCGACCCGAAGGCACAUAUCACAGCGUUCCGGAUAGCAAUGGGACGAGCUUUCACAAAGAACGCUGCCAAUCUGACCGAGCGGGAAGUAGAUGCCGGAUAUUGCCAACUCUUUGUAGAACAUCUCAAGGGAGCCGAGCUCGAAUGGUUUUCAAGACAGGAGCGCAAUUCAAUCGGCAGCUUCCAACAGCCCUCCGCUUUGUUCUUUAAGCAAUACUCGAUGUUCAUGGAUAGAGGAAAUUCUGAUGCCGACCUAUGGACGUUAUCCCAAGGACCGAAUGAACCGCUUCGGGAGUACAUGGCAAGAUUCAAGGCGGUCGUGUCCAAAGUAGAAGGAAUAAGCGACAAGGCUGCACUCGAAGCUCUAAUGCAGUCCUUGUGGUACAAAUCCGAAUUCCGACGGGAAAUGGCCCUCAACACGCCGCAAACGAUUCAAGAUGCCUUGCAUCGGUCGCCAGACUUCGUCGUAAACGAAGAAGAGAUGAAGAAUCUGGACGAACAAUACGAAGCAACAAAAGCAGCAAUUCGGAGCUCAAUUUUGACGCGCCCCUCGAAGAAAUGCAAUCUAUCAAACAACGCAACAGCGCAGAGCUUGGACGAACCAAGAAGCGGAGGUGCCCACAAUUACCAAGUAGGCACUGGACGCGGAAGAGGAGAGCCGCGCAGCAACACUUGGGUAAGAAGAUCCACCAACUACGACGAAAAGAGUUCUACGAGUAUCACCAGACCUAUGGGCAUUCAACGGCACAAUGCCGAACUCUAG